AUGAUGCGAAAAUAGAAAGCCAAUCUUGUGCAUCGAUCGCGAGUCAUCAGGGUGAAACGCAGAAACAUUUGGGAGUCUUCUUCAUUUAUUUUGGUGUUGAGUGGUAGACUGUGUGAACGGAUUUUUAUACACGAUCUUAUUCUUACCGAGUGCUGUAACUUAUACUAAAGCCAAGAGACAAGAUGAAGCCUUCGAGAAGUAUUUAUUCGAUUUGUUUAUUGAGUGUUUUAUUGGCGUGUUUGUGUUCUACGAGGAAAGUAAAAGCUUCUUGUUCAAAACAACUCGGUCCAGCCGUUCCUCAACAACCACGGAUUCCAUCACAAGGCCAUGAGCCAAAAAUUUGUGUUAAUAACAAGACUUGCUGUACACUGCAAAUGGAAGGAGAUUUAAAACAGAAAGCAGUAAAUGUCCUGAAAGACAAAGUUGACAGAAGGUUGGAUGGACUAAAGGGACCCAUGGAUACUCUUCGCAAAACACUCAAAGUUCAUUUCCAAGGGGUCAUCGAAGACGCCAAGCUUACAAAUCUAGAAUUUCUUCACAAACAAAACGUAAAUAUCUCAAGUAUUGGUCUCCCGUUAGUGACCGCGUUGUUCAACCAAGUUGAAGACUACAUUGACAACCCUAAUGCCAACCUCACGACUGUUGUAUUGCAGUUUUUUCGUGACGCUUUCCCGCCAUUGUUUAACUACGCUACCCGUCAGUCUCAGAAGUUCUCCCACCAGUACGAAAAAUGCUUGAAGAAAAGUGUCGAUACUGUUCAGAUUUUUGGCAAAACUCCAUUUCGAAUUGCAGCCCAAAUAGAAAAAGUUCUGAGACCAAUGCAAUUGUUUCUUCAAAGUCUGUCUUUUGCAUCGAAAACAGUGAAUGAAACAAAGACAUUAGGUUUUACAAAGGGCUGCCCGCCAUUGCUGCUCCAGAUGAAAUAUUGCGCCCUUUGCAAUGGAGAGGAUAAAAGUGUCAAACCUUGUGAAAACUACUGUAUUGACGUCCUAAAGAGUUGUCUCGCUACCAGUGUGCAACUACAGUCUCAAUGGGGGUUGUACUUCGAUGCUUUAAGAGACUUGUCAACCAGCUUGUCCAAGUCACCCAACCGGGAAAAUGUUUUAUAUUCAGUGUUUCAUGAGCUAUCACUGGCAAUAUAUCAAGCUCUUCCUAUCCAUAUUAGUGAUGAUAAACUUAAGGCUGGGUUAUUCCAAGCAUGUGGACCGCCACAGUUCGGUUCUGGGAUAAGCGUGCAAAAUGGUGGCCAAACAACAGGCACGCAACAGCACAUCAAGACACAGCUCAAAGAAGUCAUGACUAAUGCCAACAAAGAAUUGACUUCUUUCAAGACAUCAUACGAACAGCUACCGCUUGAUGUGUGCACCAAGGAACGAGUGUCUGCUCCUCAAACGGAAAAAAUAGUAUCUGGAAAUUGUUGGAAUGGAACAGCUCUGGGAAGAUAUACGGGACCCGUUUCAUCGCCUCUACCUUCACUCGAAGCUCUUCCACAGGACACGCUUCGAAUCACAAACCUUGUUCAAAAUAUGAAGACAAAUAUCCAAACAAUGAAGAAAUACACCAUUAAAUAUAUGGGAGGAGAGGGUAGUGCUUUUAGCGGAGAUUCUAAUGUUAUUACUGGAAGUGGGGACUGUGACGAUGAAGACGAGUCCUGUACCAGCGGUGAAAGUGGCGAUGGAACAAACGGAGCAGAUAACGGUAUUAAAGGGGAUACAAACACAGAUUUCUAUCUAAUCUCGACCACACCCAACCCUAAUGAAGUAAACGUACUUGGUGGUGGACAAUCUAAUGUGAAGGGUUCAGGGAAAAGUGGCGGAACAAGUGUCAUCGUUUCUUCGACGCUAAAUCUGCUCUUGUUGAUGUCUGUAUUCGUUUUUCUUUGAACCACGGGAAUAUUUGUAGCCUUAAUGACCUCAAGAAAAACAUAAUGAACCGAAUAUAAUGGAAAACAUAAUGAAGAUAUUAAAAUUAAAUGGCUCUUGUUCUGGAGACUUCAAGAAGGUUCAAAAAAGCAGAAGCAAGCAAAGUGCAUGAAAAAGCGGUACCUUAACCGAUGACCAAAUAGCCAUUAACAAUUCCCCCUAGAGGGUCGUAGUGGAAUACACUUUUUGAUCAUCAAAUGACGUCGAAUCGCAAUGGAUCAAGGUGUUUAUGCUAUUUCUGUCGACAAGGAAAGUCCGGGAUUCCUGUGUAUACUUUAAUGGAGCUCAUUAAUUGGGUUACCUUUGGAAAUCCACAGGUAGACCAACAACACUAUUCUGAAGCAUUUUUCAAUGGAAAUUAUCAACAACGUCUUGUUACUAUUCGUUUUAAACUCCUAUUCAGGAAACACUAGUGCAGGAAAUCUACAAAUAUAAUCCUUUGAGCCUGUAUUCCACAUGGUCAGCAACUGAUGCUGCUUACCACGAAGAUCUUUCCUGGGAUCAAGUGAAACGCCCGCUUAGUAAAACCAGCUUUAUCUUUUAACCGACCCUUUAUCAUGGUUCUCAUCUACCGCAAACUUCAAUGUUCAUAGACUAGUUUUUAUUUGAUAUAGAAUUAUUUUGUUAUAUUUUACGUAGAGUAGUAUACGGCUAAUCAGAACAAGGUUAGAUCGUCUUGCAUGCAGACAGCACACAGUUUAAGACCCCAGUACAUUGUAUAUAGAUAUUUGGUCCCUAAUAUCACGAGGAAACCAUUGCUUUAAACUUAAUCUUGAGCACUCAAACAGAAUUUUACUCAGUGCUUUGUUUAAAGAUUUAUUCAAGAUUGUAGUAAAUGUACAACGUAUUCUAGUAUUGGAUUGUACAAUUAAAGGGAAAAGACUAGUAACGAUCUAGACACGCAAGGAGUUGUGGGAUUAGAAUCAAUCCCAUAAUCCCAUGAGGGGCAUGCGAGUUUUUCGUAGUCUCUCUAAAGGUCUUAUAGCAAGAGAAUCUUUCCAAUGUACAAUAGUAUUGCCUAGGUGCAGUUUUUAGGGGCUUGUACAUAGGCGUAUGUAUGAAAACACUGUCAGACAGUGACAUAUAACCAAUAAAAAUGCAACUUCUUAUACAAA